GUGUGGCGGUCGGUUCACGCUCACUUCAGUCAGUCAGAUGUAAAAGUCUUCAGAUUGAGGCUGUAAUAAUAAUAAUGUCAUCUCAUAACUUAUCCAGAGAAGCGCUUAUAGGCUCAGCGACGCUGGGAGUGAUUUUUAUAGCGGGAUAUUAUGUGGGCAAACGCAAAUCUAAAUUCUUCAGGAUGUCGUCGGGUAAAAGCCACGUGGGUAAGAAAGACGAUCCGGUGAUGCAGUACCUGCUGAAUCAUUCCCUGCGGGAACAUCCCGCCCUUAAAAAACUCCGGCAGAAAACCCUGGAGCACAAGCAGAGCUUUAUCAUGGUGUCCUGCGAACAGGCGCAGUUCAUGGCAAAUCUGGCCAGACUAAUCAAAGCGCAGAAAGCCAUUGAAAUCGGUGUGUACACGGGCUAUAACGCCAUGAGCAUCGCUCUCACCCUGCCUGAAGACGGGAAAUUGAUCGCGUGCGACGUCAACGAGGAAUUCAUCAACAUCGGCAGACCCUUCUGGACACUGGGUGGUGUUGAGCACAAAAUCGACGUGCGUCUGAAGCCAGCACUGCAAACUCUCGAUGAGCUUCUGGCUUCAGGUCAAGCAGAGACGUUCGAUUUCGUCUUCAUCGAUGCCGACAAAGUCAACUACGACAACUACUAUGAGAAAUCCCUGCAGCUGGUCAGGAAAGGAGGAAUAAUCGCUAUAGAUAAUGUCCUGUGGAGCGGUAGAGUGGUGAACCCAGAAGAGGGCGACGUCGACACCAUCGCAAUCGAUAAGCUGAACAAGAAGCUCCACCGAGAUAUCCGAGUCAAUCUGAGCAUGCUCACUGUGGGCGACGGCCUAACAUUAGCAUUCAAAAUCUGACGUUAGAGUGACACGUUACAGACUGAAGAAACUCAUUCAUUUACAUUGCUUUGUAAUAAUUGAAGUUUGACCAAAUAAAUAUAAAGUUUUGUAUUGAAAUGCUCAUAGUGCCAACUAUUGUACAAUGUAUUUGUAGUAGAAUUUUUAAAUAAACAAAAUUACUGCACUGGAAUCUGUAAUAUUUUAUAGGAACAGUUUGAAUAUAUGUAUUCUAGUUUUAAAAAAGGAUUUUGUUUUUAAUAAAUUUAUAGCAAUUUUG